UCAGAGCAUAAAAACCACCAGAUAAACACAUCUCGUCAAAUGUGGCUUCUCUCUCGAAGAAGAGCACCUCCUUCCAGAGUGUUGAGCAAGCACGGCAGAUCUGAAACAGAGUGGAUACGCAAGACUCCAUGUCAUUUUUCUACGUAGCGAAAUCGCAGCGACGCGCAAGCAAGAAGGCGAGCUUGCUAGUUAGCUAUCUCGCUAGCCAGUCGCAGUCGGGGCAACCGACCUACUUCAUAACCUCGCUUACAUCAUACCUGGGAAGCAGUGGCCCCAACAAGCCGACGCUUUCCAUUCCACGCGACCCGUACUGCGAUAUUAGUAUGUCAACAUAGGUGGACCUGUCACAGUGAACAAUUGAGAAUUUAAGCAAUUUCUUUUCAAACAAGGGAGCUGUCAAGACUACAGCUGGUUUCGUCAUUCCUCGAUUUUAACAUAAAAAAGGAGUUAUGUCCUGCCCAUGUAGCUCGGCUGCAAGGUUGUUCCUAAAUACAGCUCAUCGAGGAUUGUCCUGCUCACGCUUGCAGUUUUAUUCGCUGAGUCGUCAUGGUUCAAGGGACGCUCAUCUACUGCCCCACGUGUGGGUGAGAUCAUUUUCUGAGACUGCCAUCUGCUUUGCCUCCAAGGAUGGCACCACAAAGGACACCGGCAGCGAUGGUGGAAAGAAAAGCAUCAGUGAGGCAAAGAGGGCCUCGAGUUCCGGAGGAUCCGGCAAAGGAGGGAGCCAGCUCCGUUGCCCCAAAUGCGGAGACCCCUGCACACAUGUGGAGACCUUUGUCUCAUCAACACGAUUCGUCAAAUGUGAAAAAUGCCACCACUUUUUUGUGGUAUUGUCUGAGAUGGACUCCAAGAAGGGACUAAACAAGGAACCCGAGUCUGCUGCGGAAGCUGUCAAACUGGCUUUUGCACAGAAACCUCCCCCACCCCCCAAGAAGAUAUAUGCUUACCUUGACAAGUACGUCGUGGGCCAGUCCUUUGCUAAGAAGGUGCUGGCUGUGGCCGUGUACAAUCACUACAAGCGAAUCUACAACAAUAUCCCUGCAGGCAGUCGCCAGCAGGUGGAGGUGGAAAAGCAACCCUCUCUGACACCUCGGGAGCUAGAGAUGAGAAGACGAGAGGAUGAAUACAGAUUCACAAAGUUGCUGCAGAUCGCAGGGAUCAGCCCCCACGGCAACGCUUUGGGAGCCUCCAUGCAGCAGCAGAGCAGCCAGCAGGCGUCUCAAGAGCAAAGGGGCGGGGAGGUCCUGGACUCCAUACAUGCCGACAUUAAAUUGGAGAAGAGCAACAUCAUACUUCUUGGUCCGACUGGCUCAGGGAAAACGUUGUUGGCACAGACGCUGGCUCGCUGCCUGGAUGUCCCCUUUGCGAUAUGCGACUGCACCACUCUCACUCAAGCCGGUUACGUGGGAGAAGACAUCGAGUCGGUUAUUGCCAAGCUGCUGCAGGACGCCAACUACUCUGUGGAGAAAGCGCAGCAAGGUAUUGUGUUUCUGGAUGAGGUGGACAAGAUCGGCAGUGUGCCUGGCAUCCAUCAACUGAGGGAUGUGGGAGGAGAAGGAGUCCAGCAGGGGUUGCUUAAACUCUUAGAAGGUACAAUUGUCAACGUUCCUGAGAAAAACUCCCGAAAGCUGCGAGGAGAGAUGGUGCAGGUGGACACAACUAACAUCCUGUUUGUUGCCUCCGGUGCCUUUAAUGGACUUGAUAGAAUCAUAAGUAGAAGAAAAAAUGAGAAGUAUUUAGGCUUUGGAACCCCAUCCAAUUUGGGCAAAGGUCGCCGUGCAGCAGCUGCAGCAGACUUGGCCAACACCAGCGGCGAAACGGACACGGUGGCCGAGAUUGAGGAAAAGGACCGUCUGCUGAAGCACGUGGAAGCCAGAGACCUGAUUGAAUUUGGAAUGAUCCCGGAGUUUGUAGGCCGUCUUCCCGUAGUGGUGCCGCUCCACAGCCUGGAUGAAGAAACACUCGUCCGUAUCUUGACGGAGCCGCGCAAUGCUGUGGUGCCUCAGUACCAAGCGCUCUUCAGCAUGGAUAAAUGUGAACUCAAUGUGACCCAAGAUGCCUUGAAGGCCAUCGCUCGCAUGGCUCUGGAGAGAAAAACUGGAGCUCGUGGGCUCAGAUCAAUUAUGGAAAAGCUCCUCCUGGAGCCAAUGUUUGAGGUGCCGCACUCUGACAUCAUGGCUGUUGAGUUGAACAAAGAAGUCGUCCAAGGGAAGACGCAGCCCAGAUACAUCAGGACUCCGGCCAAGGAGCAGGCAGAAGAGGACUACGAUUCUGGCAUCGACGAGGAGAACUGGCCGCGACAGGCGGACGCUGCAAACAACUGAACCACGUCAUCCAUUUCACCUAAAGACAGUUUGUUACUGCCCUUUGUGAUACCAGCUCGGGGUUUUCUUUGAGGCCCCACAAAACAAAAAUAUGGACAUUUUAUUGGGGAUAAUGAAGGUGCUUGUGCCUGACAAUUGUCAUCUUGAACAAGUAGUGUAACAACCUGGGGUCCUGUCUGGCUGUUUUUGUGUGUGCGUGUGUCUGUAUGGGUGCGUGCGUUUCUAGCAGCGCACUUGCAGGUUGGACCUUUAUAUUAUUAUUUCAAUCUCUGGUGAUUGUUAACAUUUUAUCUAUAAAAAGAUAAUUAGUUUUUUUAUUUGUGAGAGCGCGUUUUUAGCAAGGUAAUUUUUUUUGUUUCUCUUGUGACUGACGGCCCAUGUACAAGGGAAGCAAAACAAAUGGAUGCCCCCCCCCCCAAAAAAAUGAGAAGAAUGAAAGGAAGGGGCAUGUCAAGUGAUGCCCUCUAUCAGGAGGGCCUGAUAUUCCAUAAGCACGUCAAUCAUUUGACGAUAUCCUCUUUACCACCAUUGUCAAAAUGGUGGCCACACUAUUCGUACAGUCCGGCUGUCAAUGUGCCGCUCUGCUUUUGGCACUAAUGUGGAAACUGAUUUUGAUAACCUUGCAAAAGCGUGCAAGACGUGAAGCAAAACGUCACACGAACAGCUCGACAAACAGCCCGCAAGAAGUGGUGGGGAGCUUUUAAGCAGCCACAAUGGUUAUGUUUGGUGUUCAGCCCGCUUUUUAGACAAUAUAUGUCCGUACACGUGUUGAUCUCAGACUCGAGGGCUGUUCAGCAAACUGGCAGUAAGUCAAUGACAUUUAAAGUUUUAUGUGUUUAUUUCUCUUUACGUCAUCUGGAUUUUCCAUCACACAAAAAAAAGUUGGAAAGAACAUAUCCCGAAAGGACUUUAUAGUUACCGGUAUUUUUAUGUCUCUCUUUGCUCCACCUUUUAGUGACGUCAUAUUCUGUUGCUAUCGAGUGGUCUUUCAUUAAGAUGCUCUUCAACUGAACCACACUGCUUAUACGUCUAAAAUGUGCUCUGGCAUCAUUAAACUAGACCCUGUUUUCUAGUUUAUUUUUUUCAAAACCGUUUUCUCUUUGUUGUCUGUAACACAACACCAAUUGUAAACCCCACCACAUACAAUGUCAUUGUUCAAAAUUUAAUAAAAUGUAUCUGUAUACACUUUA